AAAAGUGAAACCAAACCUACACUAAAUCAAUAUUUCCAUUUUAAUUUUCUCUCUUUCUCUCUCAAAAACCCAACAGUACACAUCACAUACUCUUGUGCAUUAGAAUUAAAUUGAGAGUUGAAUUGAAUUAAUUAAUCUCCUCACCAAACUCUAAGAUUGAGAGAGGAAAAUCUGUUCCCGUUCCCUAACUGAUUCUUAAUAACCCAACUCAACCCACUCCACACACUAUUUUUGCUUUCUGUUAUUUGGAUUCUGAGAAUAAAAAUAAUUAAUGAUAAGAAAGAAGGUGAAGCAUAAGCAAAAGCAUCAGCAUCAGCAUCUGCAGCAAAAGUAAAAGCAAAAGGAGGAACUUCUCUUUCUCUUUUCAGUUUUCUCUCUCUUUCUUUCACCGUUUUUGUUUGUUUUUUUCACUUUGUUGAAAAUCUAAAGAAGUAAAGCGUUGCUUAACAUCACCUUCGACACUUCUCUUUCUAACGUUGUUGUUGUUGUCUCCUCCAAGAAACCAAACAUUCACUUUUGACCACAAAACAAGACAAUCACUGAAACCGCACUGUUUUUUUCUCUUCUUCCUCAUAUGCUUCUGCUUCUUCAAGGUUUCUAAAUAAUGACUGAUUCUUCUAAGUUGCGUUUGGUUCGUUGCCCCAAAUGUGAAAAUCUACUUCCUGAGCUCGCUGAUUACUCUGUUUAUCAAUGUGGUGGCUGUGGUGCUGUUCUUCGAGCAAAACACAAAGGUUAUGUGAGUGGUAGUUUAUCAGAUGAGGGUAAAGUUGUUGGAGAAGGUUCUGGAAAAUUAGAGAAAGGGUUAGUUGAUUUUAGUGAUACUUCAAAUGUUGAAUCCAAAAGUGGUCCCUCUAGGUGUGAUAAUGAAAGGGGUUCAGAUAAAACAAACGAGAUAAUUCCAAAUCAAUCUGAUGAGAAAGGGUUUUUUGAAAACGACAUUGAUGUCAACAGAAACAACGAUGAUGAAGUGGAUAAAGCAAUGGAAAGACAACAGGAGGAACCUAAGGCUCAAAUUGAUCAAGAAAAUGGGUCUAAAUUCUCUGGUAGAGUUUCUAAUUUGCAAAAUGGAGAGAAAACUUAUAUGGAGGGUUUUCGGAGAAAGCAACGAGUUGAUAUGGAAAGUGUGAGAUUUCCUAGUUCUAAUUAUCCCGAUGAAGGACCUUCAAAUGGUUAUUCUGGUUUUUCAAAUAGCUAUAAGGAAUUAUGGAGGAACGAUAAAGAAAGAGAUGGUGCAAAUAGGGUUCAGCACCUUGAGCAAGAUCGAGCCGAGCUUCUAAGGAAGCUGGAUGAGUUAAAACACCAGCUCAGUAAGUCUUCUGAAGUGGUCAACAACCCGAAAGAAAAGUUUCUUCCUGAUGAAAGGAUGAUUCCUCCUGAUCCUCAUCCGUUCGGUGGCUCGGAUCCCUGGUUUCCCAAUGGACCGUCAGGAUUAAACAGGACUUCGAGGCAAUUUUAUGGACCAGAUAAACAUAUGGCAGGUCCACCUCAUGUCAAUUUUCAUCAUGAUCCGUAUCCUUAUAUCGGCGGUCAUGAAACGGCUAUGCCCAAUUUUCAUCCUUCAAUGCAAAAUCCAAACCAAUAUGGGGAUCCUUUUGCAUCCCAAUUGUUGAGGAGAGGUCCACAUCAGUUCUCACAGCAACCAUUGCAUCCGUACUUUCCUGGACGUUAUGUUGAUCCUAAUCCAGAUUCAUAUGAACUGUAUGCGCAUAAUAAUAAUGCAAUGCUUCACCAGCCUUCUUGCUCUUGUUUCCAUUGCUAUGACAACAAAAGAAGAGGCUCAGUGCCGAUGCCGCCUCCUUCAUUCCCAAAUGAUCCUUCUAUGUUAUAUCAUCAUGAGAUCCCAGGGGGAUAUGGUUCACAUGUUCAUAAUUCUAAAGCUUCCAUUCCUCCUGCACGUCUUCGUGAAAAUCAAUUACAUACAAGAUGGCCUAGUGACUUCAACUCUGAGAUGGGUGGUUUUACUCGAAACCGUCAUCGGAAGGUAAUGGUAGCUAGUAGUAGCAGGCGUUGCCAUCCUGUAGCUGGUGGGUCACCUUUCAUCACAUGCAAUAAUUGCUUCGAGUUACUGCAACUGCCUAAAAAGGCACUUGUUCUUGCGAGAAAUCAUCAGCAGAAAGUGCGAUGUGGAGCCUGUUCUUCAGAAAUCAGUGUUUCACUCAUCAAUAAGAAGCUGGUUAUAUCUCAUUCAGAAAUGAAGGGAGCUCCCUCAAGGGUUGAUGAUAGCUCUAAUGAGGUUCUGAGUAGCCGGGUAUCACAUACCCGUGGUCUUGCAAACAGGAACGGUGCCAACUUCUCAUCUGAUGAUUAUUCUGGAUAUGAUUUUCUCUCGGUAGAUAAAGAACCACUUUCAGCGGUUGCUUUGAACUCUAACAAGUCGCAGGAGAUGCAGAGUUUUCAUUCUUCAUCUCCUAGUACCUCCGAAGAUGAAAAUAGUUCAGAAGCGAUGAUUGCUCCAAGGGAGGCCUUGAAGUCCAUUCAUCGGCCAACGACAGAUUCUCUAUCUCCUCCUUCGGGUUCAUCACCUCUACAAGAGUAUGUUGAUCACUCUAAUAGUAAUCGCGCUGUAAAUCGGUUUGGAAAAGGCAACCGAAGUAGUCGAUCAGAGCAGGAGAAGGCAAAAUUGGAAAAGAUUGCAUCGCGUCAAAAUUCUUUGAAAGAAACAGCGGUUGCAACAGAGAUGGAUGUCCAUGAUUAUUCUAACACUGGAGUCUCCCAGGAUUCCAGAGAUGCUAGCCGAGAACAUGAUCAUCCUAGAUCUAAUAAAGGGGGUGAGUCAUUCUUUGCAAACAUAAUAAAAAAAAGCUUCCGAGAUUUCUCUCGAUCUAAUCAAAAUGAUGAUUGUGGCAAGAUUAAUGUUACUGUGAACGGGAAGCCAUUGUCAGAUCGUGUGGUUAAGAAGACUGAAAAACUUGCCGGACCAAUCCAGCCUGGAAAUUAUUGGUAUGAUUUUCGGGCAGGAUUCUGGGGUGUCAUUGGCGGGCCUUGUCUUGGAAUAAUUCCUCCAUUUAUAGAGGAGUUCAAUCAUUGCUUGCCAGAGAAAUGUUCUGGUGGGAAUACUGGUGUAUUUGUAAAUGGUAGGGAACUUCACCAAAAAGAUUUAGAUUUGCUUUCUGGAAGAGGACUUCCCCCUGAUAGAGAUAGAUCUUACAUAAUUGAAAUUUCUGGGAGAGUCCUUGAUGAAGACACAGGAGAAGAGCUGGACUGCCUUGGCAAACUUGCACCAACAGUGGAGAAAGUGAAGCAUGGAUUCGGUAUGAAACCACCUCGAGCAGCUCAAUAAUCAAAACAUAGGGAUAAAUAUUCUUUCACAGGUUUGAGAAGGUGAAUGUUGUUCCAUCUUUCUGAAGAUUUGGAAACAUUAUCUGAUCAUAGCUUAAGCUUGAAUUUAGAUGACAUAUGUAAUGUGUAAAUUUUUAAUUUUUGUGUUUAAAAAAACCGCAUUAGAAGUUUUGUGCUUGAUAUCAGGUAGUUUUAGGAAAAUUUAAGUGGUAUCGCAAGUCAUGAAUCCAGUGUAGAAUUUGAUUUGUAAAAAUUAGCAAUUUAUUCCUUGAUCAGCUUGUAAUAGUUGUGUAUUUGCAAGUGAAUUUGGGAAAUAGAUCUUAACAUGAUAUAUGGAACAAGAUUACCGUUGAUUAUUCUA